AUGACCUGCCCACGGCCCCCGCGGGAGCCCCGUCGGCUGCCCCCGUCCCUCGGCCCGCGGGGGCUCCGCAGGAGCUGCGGCCCGAGGAGGGUGCGGAGGGCGCGGGCCGGGAGAUGCGGGGACCCGGGAGAUGCGGGGGGCCGGGCGGACGCUGCGCACAAGCCCCGGAGGGCAGACUUCCCGCGGGAGCGAAAGCGCAACCGCUGGAACCAGGUCACCCUGGAGUAGAAGACAGUGAUCCCGGGGAUGCCCAUGGUGAUCCCGUCCGGGCUGACACGCGAACAGGAGCGCACCUACAUCGUGCACCUGCAGAUUGAAGACCUAACCCGCAAACUGCACAUGGGAGACCUGGGCAUCCCCCCUAACCCCCAGGACAGGUACCCUUUCCCAGAGCCCAUCUGCAACAGCGAGGGGAAGUGCCGGAACAUGUGGGAGUUCCGUAUGCACAAGAAGCUGGAGGAGGAGAGGCACAACCUCAUCACCAAGAUGGUGGCCCUGAGCCCCGACUUCAAGCCCCCAGCUGAUUACAAGCCAGCGGCGAUGCGGGUGAGUGACAAGGUGAUGAUCCCACAGUAUGAAUACCAGAUCAACUUAGUGGGGCUCCUCAUUGGGCCCAGGCGGAACAUGCUGAAGAACGUGGAAAAGGAGCGCAAUGCCAAGAUCAUGAGGGGCAGGGGCUCAGUGAAGGAGGGCAAGGUGGGCCACAAGGACGGGCAGAUGCUGCCAGGCAAAGACAAGCCCCUGCAUGUCAUCAUCACUGCCAACACCAUGGAGAACGUCAAGAAAGCUGUGGAGCAUAGGAAAAUCCCGAAGCAGGACACUGAGAUCCCUGAGGACCAGAACAAUCUGUGCAAAAUGCAGCUGCGGGAGCUGGCACGGCUCAGUGGGACCCUGCGGGAGGAUGACAGCCGCAUCCUGAGGCCAUGGCAGAGCACUGAGCGUCGCAGCAUCAUCAACAGCACAGUGUGCACCAAGUGUGGUGGGGCUGGGCACAUCGCCUCCAGCUGCAAGGUUGUCAGGCCUGGGGACCUGCAGUUGGCACAGGACAAGGCACAGAUGGACAAGGAGUACCUGUCCCUGAUGGCUGAGCUGGGCGAGGCCCCGGCGUCUGUGAGCUCCAACGCUGCCCACAACAACAGCCCCUUGUCCAGCAGCCACUGUGCCCCCAGCCAGGCUGUGGGAUGGUCCCUCCCAAGCUGCCCCCCCCGGAUGAGCUUGGCGCCCUUAGAGAACUGCCACAGGCUACACAGGGGGCCUGGGGAUCCCCACAGCUUCCCCCACCCUGGAGCAGGCAAAACGUUUGGGCAUUUGUAUGAGCAUACUACCUCUGUGUUCCGUUCAAGAUUCUGA